ACGGGAUUUCAGUGUGCCGCGACCCUUCGGGGGGUUAGGUUGCGGGGAUGGCUUCCCGGAGAGAUGGUUAUUACCGCGCGUGACGUGACGAGGUGCAGCUGCAUUCUGCAGUUAAGGAGACGUGAUAGAAUAACCCAUGUCAAGAUCCAGGCACCACGCGCCUCUGCUCGCUACCAUUAUGGUCUUCGCCUUACUCUCUUUAAUCUUGAUGGGAAUGCUUCUAUCUAAGCCGAUACCAUGCGUGUCGGAGGUCCCAUGCGGGGACGGCAAGUCAUGUCCUGCCCCCUGGCAAUGUUGCGACACGGGAUGCUGCGCCCCGGGCAGCGCGCCCCCGCGCCUCCUUCACGAACACAAGGAGCACCCGUGGUAUGCCCAAUGGCCGGUUCUAUUUCUGCUGGGCACUCUCGGCGGUAUUGCCAUCUGCUGCAUCUACUGCCUCCUCUGCAAGCGCCAAUCCCCGAACAGCGUCUACAUGUGUUCAUUCUCGUGCUGCGUGCGCCGGCCCACCUCCAACCAGGACUCCGCCGGGUCCCUCUACCCGCCCCCUCGCUACUCCCGCUGCGGGUCCUUCCACCAGGCGCCUCCACCGUAUUCUGAAGUCACAUCUAAACCCAAUCUUUAUCCACUCGUCAUCACGUGCGGGGCGGAGGGUGAUGGUAAAGCCGGCAACUAUCUCAUGGUCCAAUAUUUUAGAAACUAUGUAAUUCACGCGCCAGGUUCUCUCUCAGCGGCGAGUACUGCCGAGUCUCUCAACUCCAGUUACCUAUGCAAUGCGGCAAAUGAUGCAAAUACCAUCGUCCCGCCUCCAUACUCGUGCGCCAGCAACUACGAUGACUGCGGCGGCGGCGGCUGCGGGCGCUCCUUGCUACGCUCGCUGUCCUCGUUGACGGAGCCCCGCGCCCCGCCCCCGCCCCGCGCCCGCACCACCCCUGACGUCUCCCCCGCGCUGCACCAUACACAAAGGCGUGAGGCGACUGCCGCUUUCCGAGAGAACUUAAUAACUUCACCUGUGCAAGCUUUGGACCCAUCGUUCGACUUAGACUUGGAUCUAAUCGACUGUGAACUAUACUGUGAUGGCGGUUGCAAGCCACGACUCGGGGCCUCGCCACCGUCGCACCGCUCGCCCUCCAACCUGGACGAGGACGCCGCCACGCCUGGCUAUGAAUACGAAGCCUACGGACUGAGGCAACUGUUCUCGUCAGAGGGCGCCGGCGCGUGCGAGUCGCCGCCACAACCAACCAGCCCCACGCAAUCCAGAGACUCGACUCUAAGGAGGCCGAGCGAUGAGAACAGAAGACGAAGAGUAGAGCCCAAAAAGAUUCCCAGAUCGAGAAAGUCGAGCUUAUACAUGCCUUUAUCAGUAGCGUAUCCUGUAAGGACUUCACGGAAGUCUCCCGGGGCGCGGGCGUCGUCACGGUCAGCGCCGGCCACCCCCUGCAACCCCUUAGUCCCCAACUUCCUUAACUACGCCCCGAGGGUGUUGACCUCUCGUCACAGCUCGAGAUCCUCAAGGUGCGAAGAGGAAAGCAAUCCUCUGUUAUCAGAAGUCGAGCAUGCGAGACUCGACCACAAGUUCUAACAUUAGUAAAGGCUAUUGAUGGUUUCCUUAAUUUUUAAGCACACAAUACAAUAGACUAAGCCAUGGCCAUAAGCCAUUGAUGUAAUAGUUUAUAGAAUGAAUGUUUCGGCCUAACACGGCCUACUUGUUGCCUAAAUGAAACCCCCACCCACCAUCUUUAGCCUUUGAAUGUCAUAUUCAAUGUUGUGACUGUUUUGAAAUAAGUGCUCAUUAUAACGUACGAGCGAACUCUGAUCGUAGAUAGAUUAAAUGUUAUUAAAUGUACUGCAUUUAAAUGUAAGGUAUCGAGCUUGUUGGACCACUGUUCACUUGCCUUCUUUAAGAAAUAAAUAAUCUCUAAAUGCC